AUGUCAGUGUCAGGUACAGCUGAGAAGGACAGCAGUUCGCAGUGGUCAUCAGUGUCAGGUAGAGCUGAGAAGGACAGCACUUCUGCAGUGGUCAGUCAGUGUCAGGUAGAGCUGAGAGGACAGCACUUCUGCAGUGGUCAGUCAGUGUCAGACAUCCAGUUCUAUCACUUCAUGCACCAUGUGACUGACCUGAAGAAGAAGGAGAUCAUGAUGACCUUUGACCUGCUAGACUGGAACGACAGCGGAGAGAUCGGCUUCCAACAGUUCUACAUGCUGGUCUGCAUGAGUGUUCAAUCUCUUCCAGCACCACGUGGAGAAGUACAUCUUCUUCGUUACUCCAGGCCGGUGUUUGAGUUGUUGGACAUGGAUGGAGGUCGUACCAUCAGCCCCGCCGAGUUCCAGGCCUCUGGCUUCCUGUUCAACCUCAAGGGACACGCCCUCGAUAAGAUCUUCUUCGAGUUCAAUGUCUCCGGAGACGAGGUGCGGCCCUACCCCACCUGCCCCGGAAGACGGGCUGCCACCGAUCGCCUGUAUCGACAUGCAGGAAGAGCCCAAGAAGAAGCAAGGAUUUAG